AUGGUGCGCAUCGACAUUCCGCCCACCAGCCCCGGCCGGGCGGCGUUCAAGGUGUCGGACUGUGGGAGGAACUCGUCAACGUGCUCCGCAAGGACGGAACGAGCCGACCCCGCCGCCGCCUUUGUCCACCGCAAGAAGGUCCAGCACGCCCAAAUGAACAUCCGCGACGCCUUCCUCGCACUCUACCGCGGCCUCGACCUCCUCAAGAAGUUCAGGUAUGGAUAUGAUGGUUGA